AUGACGACACAAGUCCGUUUCUCCAUGGAUUCUAUAUUAUCCGCGACAAAAGAUCCUCAGUCACGUAAAAGACAUUUAUCUUUACAAUUGGAUGAUGAUGAAGAAGUUGUUCAUAAACGUGUUGCUCGAGGAGAUUUUGGAUCCGAUUCCUUUUCUGCUAGCUCACGAGAAGUAAGCUAUUCUCGUGAGCCUUCAACGUCUUCAACUGAAGAUGUUAAGCCAGAUCAUGAAGAGGAUGAAGAAGAUGAUCUCGACGAUGACUUAGAUGAAGAAGAAGAAAUUCCUACAGCUGAUUUUGUAAAUUCUGAAGACUUCAAAGAAGAUUUGAAUGGCGAAGAGUCUUCUGUUACGGAUGAAAGACAUGAUCCAUCUGGAGGACUGUCAGAUGAUGAGUCGUCCAGUCCAUGUACAGUAACGUCGCCAGCUAAUAGUGCUUCUGGAGCUGAUCCAACAGGUCAAAUGACAUCAAAUUCUGAUAGAAAAUCCGGUGGAAUGUCAUCUCAUCGUUCCAAAUCAGAUGGUUCCAAGCCACCAUAUAGUUAUAUAGCUUUAAUAGCUAUGGCUAUACUCAAUUCUCCAGAGAAGAAGCUGACUUUAAGUCAAAUAUGUGAUUUUAUCAUCAAUCGCUUUCCUUAUUAUCGAGAUAAGUUUCCAGCAUGGCAGAACUCCAUACGUCAUAAUCUGAGUCUGAACGAUUGUUUCAUGAAGAUUCCACGUGAACCUGGAAAUCCAGGUAAAGGUAACUAUUGGGGACUGGAUCCCAAAUCAGAAGGAAUGUUUGAUAACGGAUCAUUCCUUCGACGACGAAAACGUUUCAAGCGACAACCUGAGAAUGGUGAUUUACAAGGAUUACAGUUUGGCAACUUCUUGCCAGGAAUGCCAGCCGCUAUGGUUGCAGCUGCAGCUUCGGCGCCACGUGUGCCCAUCAUGCGGCCAAUUUUGCCUGUUGUACCAUCAAGCAUAAGCACAAACUUGUCACCACCAUUACAACCAAUUAAUCCAGCAUCAGCAAAUGGACCAACUGCAGCUGCUGCUAUGGCCAUCGGAGGUCUUGGUCCUCGACAUCUCCCCUUCUUUUUCCCCAUGGUUAACCCCAUGGAUCCGCAAGAAUUCCUAGCUGCUAUGGCACGAAUGCAGCAACAUCCAUCAGCUCCAACAGCAUCCCUAUCAUCAUCAGACCUGAAUGAAGCUUCCUCAGUAAGCUUGUCUGAUUCAAAAGCUGCUUAA